AUGGCUCUCCAACUGUUCCCGUAUACGUUCCAAGGGGCCAAUGGUGAUACGGCAGGAGCAAGUGCUUUUUUUUAUGCCGGCAAAGUAGUAGGACGUCAAGUAGACAAUAUUAGGGAAAUUGAGAGGAAAGAACGCAGAGUGAAGGUGAUGAAGCAGAAGGUACGCAACAGAAAGGAACAAAUCAGCACUGUCCUAGCCGAGCAAGAGAAGGGUCACAAGGAAGUCAGCAUUCUUGCAAAGAGAGAAGCGCUUGCAGGCAUUCUUAGCCGUUUAGAAGAAGAGAGUACAUCGACGAAGCAAAGUGAUCGAACGAUAAUCACUAGGCAACAGGCCUCUCUGCAAAGCUCCGAGCGGCAACUGAAGACUUUAAGAAGCGAAUCUGAUGGAUACAAGAAGGCGGCCGAAGAUCAGCAACACCAAGCAAAUACCAAAAUGUUUUCCCUAGAACAGCAGGCCAUACGAGCGCAGCAUGAGCUUUCCAAGGCGAACAAAGAAGCUGGACGGAUGCAAGCUAAGCUCUCCGAAGCAGACGUGGACAGGUCUUCUUUCGAAUCACAGGUCGAGCGACUGCGUGGAGUAGAAACGGAAUUGCGGAAGGAGAUCGUUAGACUCGGAGAACAAGUUAGAGAAGCAAGGACUCAAGCUGAAGCCGAAAAGGCAAAAUCCAACGAGCAAGAGAGGGAGGUUAAAGCCCUCCAAGAACACACUGACAACGACUUGGCAUGGGACAACAGGCUACAUAAAGAAACAAUCGCGAACCAGGAACGAGAGAUCAAUACCGCUAACAGCUAUAACGAACAGCUAGCAGAGGAAAUCCGAGGACUCAAAGCCGCUCUCGAAGAUGGACAGCAGCGUAACGAGUCUGCGAACACUGAGCUGGAUGCAGCCAAAACAGUAACUCAGCGCGCGCUUAAACGUGCUGAUGAAUUCGAGCAGUCGUUGAACACUGCUAAGGAAACACAUGCAGCUAGGGUAGUGACGCUCCGGGACGAAGUCGUCACUCUCCAAGACAAACUAGUAAUUGCAAAGAAGGAACAUUUAAAAGUUAAAGCAAGAGAUGCGAAGCAGACUCAGGCUGCCGGGGAAGACGAACUUUUCCAUACCAAGGCUCAAGCGCAGCUUGACAUCGAUCAAGUCCAUCAGGAAUCCGAACAAUCACAAGUCAAAGAUACGUUGGAGCGCAAAAAUGGCGAGUUGCAGCAGCACGUCACAGAUUUGGAAGCCAGAUUAUCCAAGAAUCGCAGGGACUUGAGAAGUAUCCUUGAGUAUCGAAUCACCCGACCUGAAAGGAAAUUAUGA